UCAGCGCCCCGCGGGCUCCAUGCGCUCUGCCCCGGGCCCAAACUCUUCCCGACGCCCAUGCGGCCCCACAGCGCCGCGCCGCAGCCACUGAUCUAACCCCCACCCCGGAGACCACCGUCGGCGCGGUGCCAAGCAGAGGGGAGGGGGAGACGGAGGGCAACCUCUUUGGGACUAACUCAUGAAGAACAAGGGUGCCAAGCAGAAGCUGAAACGAAAGGGAGCCGCCAGCGCCUUUGGCUGUGACCUCACGGAGUAUCUGGAAAGCUCAGGACAGGAUGUUCCAUAUGUAUUGAAGAGCUGUGCAGAAUUUAUAGAGACUCAUGGCAUCGUGGAUGGAAUUUAUCGGCUUUCGGGAGUCACCUCAAACAUACAACGGCUAAGGCAAGAGUUCGGCUCAGAUCAAUGUCCAAAUCUGACAAGGGAAGUGUACCUCCAGGACAUCCACUGUGUGGGCUCCCUCUGCAAGCUCUACUUUCGGGAGCUGCCCAACCCGCUCCUGACGUAUGAGCUCUAUGAGAAAUUCACGGAGGCGGUGUCUCAUUGCCCAGAAGAAGGCCAAUUGGCCCGAAUCCAAAAUGUUAUCCAGGAGCUCCCCCCAUCCCAUUACAGGACCUUGGAAUACCUGAUUCGACACCUGGCCCACAUCGCCUCCUUCAGCAGCAAGACCAACAUGCAUGCCAGGAACCUGGCCCUGGUGUGGGCGCCAAAUCUCCUCAGGUCCAAAGAAAUUGAAGCCACUGGUUGCAAUGGAGAUGCAGCCUUCCUUGCAGUCCGGGUUCAGCAGGUGGUGAUUGAAUUCAUACUGAAUCAUGUAGAUCAAAUCUUUAACAACGGCUCACCUGGGUCUCUGGAUAACGAUGAAAACCGGCCCAUCAUGAAGAGCCUGACCUUGCCAGCCCUCUCGCUGCCCAUGAAGUUGGUGAGUCUGGAGGAAGCUCAGGCCCGGAGCCUGGCCACUAACCAUCCUGCUCGGAAGGAAAGAAGAGAGAAUAGCCUGCCUGAGAUUGUCCCUCCCAUGGGCACCCUCUUCCACACUGUCCUUGAGUUACCAGACAACAAAAGAAAGCUCUCCAGUAAGUCAAAGAAAUGGAAAUCAAUAUUUAACCUGGGACGUUCUGGAUCAGACUCCAAAUCAAAGCUGAGCAGAAAUGGGAGUGUAUUUGUGAGAGGACAGAGGCUCUCAGUGGAAAAGGCUACUAUCCGACCAGCCAAAAGCAUGGACUCGCUGUGCUCAGUGCCCGUGGAAGGGAAAGAAACCAAAGGAAAUUUCAAUCGAACAGUCACCACUGGUGGAUUUUUCAUUCCAGCAGUGAAAAUGCAUUCAACUAGCACUGGCAGCUCGUGUGACCUCAGCAAGCAGGAGGGCGAAUGGGGCCAGGAGGGGAUGCCAGCGGGGGCGGAGGGGGGCUUUGAUGUGAGCAAUGACCGAAGUCAGAUGCAGGGCUCUCAGGCCCGGCCGCCACCGGAGCAGCUGAAGGUAUUCCGGCCCAUCGAGGAUCCCGAGAGUGAGCAAACAGCCCCGAAGAUGCUGGGUAUGUUCUACACCUCAAACGACAGCCCCAGCAAAUCUGUCUUUACCAGCAGCCUCUUCCAGAUGGAGCCCUCUCCCCGUCACCAGCGCAAGGCCCUGAACAUCUCCAAGCCCUUUGCUGUGUCCGUGCCGCUCCGUGUGUCGGCCGUUAUCAGCACCAACAGCACCCCGUGCAGAACACCUCCAAAGGAGCUACAGUCCCUUUCCAGCCUAGAAGAGUUUUCUUUCCAGGGCUCAGAUAGUGGAGACUGGCCUGAAGAAGAAAAGCCACUGGGAGCUGAGACUUCUACAGCAUCUGUACCUAAGAAGACGGCUCUUGAGAACAGCAAGCCAGGACCAGAUGCAGUGAGAACAGUGGAAUGUAGCAAAGGCCUUCCCCUGGAGCUGGGUGCCCAACUGGAGGAGGAGAAAGCCUCAGAAGGCUCCCUAGGCUCUCACCAUGCAGGUGAACUGGAGAAGCUGGAUGCAGAGAAGGCAGCAGCAGAGGAGGAUGAAGCGCCUGGCCAGGUGGAAUCCAGUGCUCUGCAGGAGAACCCCAGGGCCAGAGCUGAAGCAGUGCUUCUCCAUGAGAUGGAUGAAGACGAUCUGGCCAAUGUCCUGAUAUGGCCUGAGAUACAACAGGAGCUGAAAAUUAUUGAAUCUGAGGAGGAACUCUCCUCGUUGCCACCACCAGCUCUUAAGAUCAGCCCAACUCAGCCUAUUCUCGAAUCUAGUCCCGUGCCUUUGGCUUCCCCAGAGUCUCCCAGGAGCUUACCUUGUGGCUCUGCCCCAGCUCCAAUCUCGGCCCCUCUGGAGGAGUGCACUAAGAAUCCAACCAAUCAGAGCACACAAGGAAUCUCUGCAGCAGCCAAUAGAGAAAGGCUAGAGACAACCAGCAUCCUCCAGAGAUGCGAGCUGGAGAAGGGCCUGCGCCCAGACCCUGCCAGCCUGACUCCUCUGGAAAUAGUUACAUUUGAGAUGGCUUCUCCACAAGCAAAGAUGGAGGGGGGAGGCCCAGGGAAUCUGUCUCCUUUGCUCCCGCCUUCUCCUCCCCCUCCAACUCCUAUGGAGGAGGCACCUCUAGUCCAGCUAUUGAUGGGUAGCCCUGAGAGAGAAGACUCAUCUGAGAAUUUGAGAACAAAUCCAUAUACAGACCAGCAGAAGUCCAAAGGCAGCCCUGGGAUCCCCAAUCUCUGUCAGGAAGAGGAGGCCUCUCCAGAACAGAAUGAAAAGCAAAAUUCAAAGAUUGCUGCUCCUGAGGGUAAAGGCUCUAGCUAUCCAAGCCCAACCAGGGAGGCUGAGAUUUCUGUACAAGGAGAAGGGGAUGUAACCCACUCAGUACAGGAGCCCUCAGACUGUGAUGAAGACGACACUGUGACAGACAUUGCCCAGAAUGGCCUGGAGAUGGUGGAGCCCUGGGAGGAGCCCCAGUGGGUGACAAGUCCCCUGCACUCCCCUACCCUGAAAGAUGUGCAGGAGGCACAGAUGCAGGGCUCCCAGGGCCACCGAUUGGAGAAGAGGCUUUCCCACAGGCCCAGCCUUCGCCAGAGCCAUUCUCUAGACAGCAAAAUCAUGGUUAAGAGCCAGUGGACUCUUGAGGGUCCCUCCUCCAGCAGUUGUGAUAAUCUUGAAGCAGAGAGGAAUUCCGAACCUCUGCAGCCCUUGGCACCCAGCAGAGAUGUUACUGGAUGGGAUGAGAAAGCUGUGAGAUCCUUUCAAGAGUUCUCUGGCCUGAAAAGGACAGAGGAUCCUCCCAACCAGAAGGGACCAGGUGGUUUGCCGCCCAAACCAGCAGAAACCAGCCCUGUCAGCCUAGUAGAGGGAGAGGAACUGGGGCCACACCUGGGGCACCGCAACCCUCAGCUUGAGCAAGACAGUGUUCCUGGGUUGGAGAGCAGCAGGGAGUAUUCUCCUGGUGUGCAGGACAGCAUCUCACCUGGAGAGCAUCCCCCAAAGUUAGUGCUGAAGAGCACUGAAUGUGGGCCCCCAAAGGGGAAAAAUAGGCCUUCUUCUCUCAACUUGGACUCUGCCGUUCCUAUCACUGACCUAUUCCGGUUUGAGAAUGUGGCCUCCUUUGGUUCACCUGAAAUGCAGUUCUCUGAGCCAGGAGACCCAGAGGUCACGUGGAUGACCCCAUCGCACUGUAAAGUAGACCCCUGGAGGGUGUACUCCCAAGAGUCUCAGGACCUGGACAUUGUCACUCAUGCCCUGACAGGCCGCCGUAACUCAGCUCCUGUGAGUGUGUCAGCUGUGAGAACCUCCUUCAUGGUCAAAAUGUGCCAGGCGAGGGCUGUCCCGGUCAUCCCACCCAAAAUUCAGUACACCCAGAUCCCACAGCCCCUGCCCUCCCAGAGCUCAGAGGAGAGUGGAGCUCAGCCUCUUGAGAGGAGCCAAGAGGAACCCGGCUCAACUGGUGGGACCUCUCAGAAACGUGCCAAAGAUGAUUCUCUCUCCUCCUUGGAAAGCCCCCAGGAAGAGAAACCAAAGCAAGAUACAGGACCCCUCGAGUCCUCACCUCUGGACUCCACCACACCUCACAUGUGCGAGGGACCUGCUCUUUCUCCAGAACCAGAUUUGCCCAACCUGCUCUCCUCCCAGGAUGCAGUUGUGCAAUGUCGAAAGCGCACAUCAGAAACAGAGCCAUCCGGAGACAACCUUCUUUCUUCAAAAAUCGAGCGCCCAUCAGGGAGUUCUAAGCCUUUCCACAGGUCGAGACCAGGAAGACCUCAGAGCCUAAUCUUAUUCAGUCCUCCUUUCCCCAUCAUGGACCACCCACCCACCUCAUCUACAGGGACAGAUUCCAAGGUCCUGCUGUCCCCUAUCAGAAGUCCCACUCAGACAAUUUCCCCUGGGCUUCUUUGUGGAGAGUUGGCAGAAAACACAUGGGUCACACCAGAAGGGGUUACACUUAGGAAUAAAAUGACCAUCCCUAAGAAUGGCCAGAGACUAGAGACCUCAACCAGCUGUUUUUACCAGCCCCAGCGGAGAUCAGUGAUUCUGGAUGCAAGAAGUGGGAGGCAAAUAGAAUGACAGCAGCUCACCUGCUGGUGUCUGAAAAAAAAAAUUCAUGAUUCAUCUGGAAGUUAUUAUAGGGGCAACUUGCCUUUUUCCAGGCAGAGGUUAUCCAAGUUUGGUCUUAUUUGGGCCUCUUCUCUUUCUUCUGCCUUUUGACCAUGUAUUAAUUAGGCCGUUUGCCAGAAGAGAGGUCAAGUAAAGGACCAAAAGAUGAAACACAAAUAAGCCUAUAUGAGCAGGCAGGGAAAGGUCAGGUGAGGGAAAAGGAUGAGAUGCUGGCCUCCAGUGAUACCUGGGGCUUAUGAGUUGCGUCAUUCCCCCAGUGCCAUGAUCUACUACCAUUGAGAGCUGGAUGUGGUAAUCUAUUUCGAAAGAGAGAAAUCCUAUGCCUGUGUUGGAAAAUGUUGCUAUUAAGGUUUGAAGACCUCCUAUUUACUUCAUGCUUUUUAAUGCUCUCUAAAGUAUGUGUUCUUUUAGACCAGUUUUCUGAUAAGCUUUGUAAAAGCAUACUAUCCAGGAUAGAAGCAGAUUUGGAAAUGCAAACUAACAUACACUUAGAUAUCCAGUGGGUGAAUUUACCCAGGCUCUUUCCCUGAACUCCCUGCUGACCCGUCCCAGAUGGCACCAUGUACCAGCAUAGAAAAUCAGAAUCUCUACUCUGAGACUGGCACAACCCAAGAAGACCUUCUGGCUCUGGCUUUUAUUAAUUUGGGACUCUUCCAUUGUCCUGCCCUUUGCUUUAUAAAUCCGGUAGCCAGAGAGGAUAGGAGCUGAGCUAAGGGUUACCUCACUUAAAUGUGCUCAAUCUUCACUUAGGUAUGCAGCUGUGAACUGAUCUGCUCUCCUUCUAACAUCAGAGUUCAAGGACAGGAUGUCAUCGUAGAGAAAAGCCUCAUAUUUAGGCAGAACUAUAUACUCCAGACUUGAAGUGUUUGAAAUCAGUGGGGUAUUAGCAGAAAACAUCUCUAGCUCAGCUUCACGCUCCAUUCACACUAAGCUGGGACCAGAGUACAGGAGAAGAUAAGGAGGGAGCCUUACCAUUAGAGGAAAGAGCCCUUGCAGGGUGGCCAUCACUCCUUCUUGGUGAGAGCUGCCUUUCUUGAAAAUGUAUUUCGUUUUAGCCAGGGGCUGCCUUCCUUCCUCCCCCGCCCUCCAUUGCUCAAGAGCAGACUUGAAGCUCGCCUCUCCCUUCCUUAAUCCCCUUUCAUCCACCACCCACGCCAGGCACUCAGACCUGCUCUUCUUUUAUCUAUAUGCAAGCAGAUGCAAUAAACCAAUUUGGUUUUAUUUCAGUUAUUUAGAACUUCAGAUGGUUCUUUUCAGCUGGAGAGAGGAAGGAGAAGUAACACAACUUGUUGGCAGAUUUUUGGUGCUCUUCCAAAAAGGGCUUCACAGAAGCCCUUCUCAAGGCAAAACCGAUCCAGGUAUCAACACUUUCAAACUUUCUAAGAUAACUGUCUUGUUUGAGAAACAGAAAGACAGGAUCUAUUUUUAGCCCCUAAUGUGCCUCUUCUGAGGUUCAAGGCUGGCUAAACUGUCCAAAAGCUCAGUCACUGCAGAAAUUUCUUGAAGGGCUAGCAGUUAACUCUGGGCAGAUCUCACAACCAGGGCUGAUGCUGGGCUGGGUAAGGGCUGAACUGAAGUUACCUCCUCCAGUGAGAAAUUAGAAGGUGAUGCCCUACAACCGAUACGUAUUCCUCUCUCCCUUCUUCCCUGAUAAGCCUUGUAAAGUUUUGAAAUUUUGUCCUGUACCAUUUAAGCCAGUGUCUAUGGCAGAAACAAUUGGCAGGCCAGCUGAUGAGUUCUGCUUUCAGAUGGCACUGAGAUGAGUGAGCAAGGGAAGAGUUAAUAGGCCUUUGGUCAGUGUUUUUUGCAUUCUCAUUUGAUGAGCAAGACAUUGGACCAACAGCCAAUGAGAUGUAAACCCAUAAGAAAAGUCCUAGGGUAUAGAGUUUUUCCCUCUAUGGAAGCAAGGUGAAAAAAUAUAGUGGUGCCAGAUGAGGAAGGCUGCUUUCGGGAGCUUUGAAAAGUACAUUCCUGCCUUAUCAGCAAAUGUGGCAGAUAGGCUUUAAGUCAAUCUCAGUACACUGUGUUGUCUAUGCUUUGAUAAAGACAGUGUUCCAGUGAGAAUGUGAGAGAGGAAGGGAACCGCACUUUGCUUCACCAUCAUAACUCUGAGCCGAGUAAUGAAAUAUUUAAACUAUUUUAUGAUUAUUUUAAAUUUUUGUUUGUAACACUUAGAGGGUAUAUUUUUAUUUGGGGAUAGACUAAGAAGCCACCAUUUACAUAAACAAGUGAGUUGAACUUGAGGCGCCUGUGUAGAUUUAUUAAAUGGCUGCCAUGUUCCUUGA